AAGUGUCUGCUGCUUGACAGUUUGAUAUGAUCAAGAUGGCAGAAAACGUAGAAAGUUACGAUGAAAUACAGCUAGAAAAUGUAGAGAAAGAUGAGGAUGAAUUUGAUAUUAGGCGAAGAAAAAUUGCGGAAGCAUUUAUCAAUGCGUAUGGAAUAGAUGUUGAGAAAUUCAAGAAUAUUGACCCAGAAAGACUAAUUGAACUUCAAAAGCAGAAGGAAGAAGAAGAAGCCAGGAACAGGUCACCCUACAAUCUGCAGAACCUACUCUGGCUUGUAGCUUUAUUUUGUAUUUUCUAUUAUACAGAAUUUGUCCUUACACUACAAACAGAUCCCAGAAUCAAAAGGGGUUGGCUGUAUACCGGAUGUGUUCUUGUUGGUGUUAAUUGUUGUAUAGGGUUUUACCUGAUUGUUGUAUGCACCUGGAUAAAAAAAAUUGAAGACUGGGAGAGUCACUUCCCUUCAGCUAUUCCAUUAGCAACUGCAUCUUUUGUCUUUGGUUCAAUUUGUUUGAAUGUUGCCCUUUGGCCUGUUUAUGGAAUACUGGCCCCAAUCAUCUUGUUUACAUUUUUAAUGGGUGUAAUUAUCUUUGCUACAUUAAUACCUGGCUCAAGGGUGAAAGAAACAAAAGGCAAGAAAACAAAAGGUGGAUAUCAACGAAUUCCAUCAGAUGAUAAAGAUGCACUUAAAGAAGACUGAAUAAAAACAAUGGCUGUAUUCAUCACAGUCCAAGAAUUGAAAGUACAUUCUAUUAGUCCAUACAUAGUUAAACUACCAUGAUGCAUUUGGCAGACUUGAUUUGAUUUGGCUUUCUAUAAUACACUCUACAAGUCCACUUAAAUCCGAGUACUGAUAAGUAAUACCAUACCGUAAAACCUUGAUUAGAAGCCUAAUGGGCUUAAUCUCGAGAAGAAGCCCAUCUGAAUUAAAGCCCCCCUCUUUAAUUUGCAAAUGUAGCCUCAAAAAGAGGCCCAUCUUCAAAACAAGCCCAUGGGCUUCUUUUCAAGAUAGCAUGAGAUUCUUUUUGAGAUAGUACAGUAAAUACACUGUUCAUAAAUUUCAAAGAAACAAAAUUAAAAACACUUGGUUUAGUAGUUUAGGUGAUUUAAUGCUAGUUAAUACACUCCAUGACACAGAUUGAUGUUGCAGUGACCCUAUUUAUUGUUUUAUAAUAGUAAUUCCCAAUAUUUAGAGCAUUCAUUUUGAAAACAAGCCCCCCCCCCCUUCUUUAAUUUGCAAAAGAAGCCCAUCCAAAGUUCACAAAAAAGAGAAGCCUUUGUGAAGGUAUGUGUUUUAAUGGACAUAUGAACUUAUAAUAAUAAGUUUAUAUAAUAAUAAUAAACAAACUUGAACAGGGAAACAGAGUAGCAGUGGGGGAUCCAAGGUUC